AUGCUUUAUGAAGCUGAUGGCUCUGCAAUUCUUCUCCAUGGAAAGUGGUUUCAGGUAGUGCGUCGAUCGUCUGCAGCCGAAUCUAGUGCUGGUGAAGUCGUCUUGCAUGGAAUUGAUGAAGGACUUCGUAUGGCAGGGGAAGAUGUGGCGUCUCAUAAGUCUUUACGGGGCAAAUUCAAGUGGAAAAAGAUCAUAAAUUUCAGAAAGAAAAAACGCCCUGCCGGUCACCCGGAGCUGAAUUCGAAUUCCAUUCUGGAGCGGGAGCCAGAGCCGGAGCUUGUAACGAACCCGUCUGACGACCCGGUUGAAGACUAUCCGGCGACACAACGUGCGCACCAUGCCCGACAAUCACCGUCGGAAAAUGGGGCCAACACAUCGCCGCCCAUCUCUCCCUCUCCCCCGCCUCCGCCUCGACCGGCGGCUCCAGCUUCCCACCCGCCUCCACUCCGUCCGCCGCCACCCUGCCCGGGUCAGCAGCCUGCUCACGAGCCAUCCAGCCCAUCGAGAACUGGCAGCUUGUCUCAAGAAACGAAAGAGGAUUAUAGUCAAGGUUUUAGUGGCUUCCUAGAGCAUGCAGUUCCCUCAUCACACCCAAAUGCAAGUGUCGAUACUCAGGAACUAGAAAUCCAAGCUGCAAUUUUGGAAUCCUUGAAAACCAGUCAGACUUUACCUUCCCGGCAAAUCCAUUCCCAGCAGUCAACAUCAGCAAAUGAGGCUAUCCCUUUACCGCCCAUGUCUCCGCCUCCGUCCGGACCUCCUCAUUCCCAUUCUCCUCCGCACCACUCGCCUCCACCCAGCCCGGUGCUAAUUCAUGCAACAAGAGAAGAAGAAGAAAGAACGGAAGACGAUUUUCAAGCAACCAGAGGCUCUCUUCUUCACUCAGAGCAUCUUGCAUGUCCUUCAGACGGCCCUGUCCAGGAUGCUUUCGCAGACUACAGGUCGCAUCAGACUUUUACAGACUAUCCGCAAGGGCAUACUAGAAACACUCCAGCCCAUUCAAUCAACAGCUACCAUGAAAACCUAAGUGGGGAUCAAGCUCUCUUACAUCCACUAGCUUAUGUGGCUAGACAAGAUGAUUCCAAAUUUCCAUGGGACACAUUGAUCAUAGGCUUUUCUAUUCUCUUUGCGUGUUGGAUGAAAGGAUUUUUCAGUGGGUCCGGUGCGGAUUAGAUACAGCUCAGGAGUAUCUGCGACUCAGAUCUAUCUCACCGCGUUAUCUUGAUGUCGCAAGCUACACCGUUAUUUCCACAUCCUUUUUGUUCAAAAUUCCAUAGAGCAACGGUGAAACCAAUAUUAGCUGAGUAUUGAU